GGGAGCGACCAACACGUAGCAAAAUUGUUGAAAUCUUCGCGGCGGGCGAAAACGUGGUUCGCCGGGUGGUAAAAGUACUGGCACGACUGUGUCCUCGUUGUGUAUAUAUAGGGGUGCAUGCCAAGAAGGCACUGCAGUUCUUUGUGGAACGUCCGCAAGAUAACACCGUGGUUGACCUGUUCUAUUGGGAUUCCUUUCCUAAGGACGUUAAAUUGCCUAAGCUCGCGGGUGAUUAGGAGAGGAAAAGAUAAAAUUGGACAGAAAAACAAACUCAAUUGCAACCGAUUGUAUCAGCGUAAGAGGAAGGAAAAAUGAUAGCUUUCACGCUUCUCGCUGCUCUGAUAACGCUGUCCGCUGCCCAAUUUCAACCACAACCCAGCGGUCGGAUUCUCGAGUCGCCAAACCCAGCACUUUGCGCGCAAAGAAUUAUCCAUGAACGAUUCAAUGGAAAAGGCUAUUACUUCUCAUGGGCCGAUCCAAGGACAGCCGGACAGGAGGUGGACUGGCUGUCAGGCAGAAAUUUCUGUCGACAACGUUGUAUGGAUCUAGUUUCGCUGGAGACCUCCGCCGAGAAUGAGUUCAUCAAGAGCCGUAUCGUUCAAAACAAAGUGAAGUACAUCUGGACUUCCGGUCGCCUCUGUGAUUUCAAAGGCUGCGAUCGGCCAGAUUUGCAGCCCCUUCACAUCAACGGUUGGUUCUGGACCGCUGAAUUGCAGAAACUCGCGCCGACUAACGAACGUACCCAAAACGAUUGGUCUGAGAGCGGCGGCAUUGGCAAGCCACAACCUGACAAUCGCGAAGCCAUUCAAGGUGGUGCCCCCGAAAAUUGUCUCGCAAUCCUUAAUCAAUUCUACAACGACGGAGUCAAUUGGCAUGAUGUGGCAUGUCAUCACAAGAAACCGUGGGUCUGCGAGGACAAUGAAUCUCUUCUGAGAUACAUUCGUUUCACCAAUCCCAAUAUCCGUGUAUAAUGGAAGAACUUCAAGGAGCAAUAGCUUUACUUUGAUUUGAAUGGGUAUCUAUAAAGUUAUAAAGCGCGUCUAUGCGACACGCCAGUGAAGCGACUGAGUACUACAUAAACUAUCUUAUUUAUUACUAUAAUAUUUAAUACCUCCAUACUCUCAUUCGCCGGAGCAGCAUAAAUAAUUUAAUUGGAAUUAUAUGCAUUUCUUGUCUCCAGAUAAAUAUCACUAUUUAUACCCUUAAAUAUAAUCAUAGAUACAUAUAGAGAGUUAUAUUUAAUAGGUACAGACUGCAAUUUAGGAUUUGUAGAUUACUUUAGUUAAGGAAAAAUUAUAUAUAAAAUAUAUUUUCUUAAAAUUUUAUUAAAAUAAUAUCUAUAUUGAUUGUAUAUUCAGAUAUCAAUAAAUUUAUGAAUAAU